AUCAACUCAUUCACUUGGCCAAAUUUAAAAUAGUCAAUUGAAAUGACUGUAAAAUAACUACGUUUUACAGUGUAUCCCAUUGAAGUGUUUAAUAUUAGCAAGCAUGCAGGAGCCAAUGCCUCAUGAGAUCAAAGUCAUUACAGGAAAACAUUGCAGCAAUGAAUAUGUGGAUUAACAUUGAUGGUGCUGUUUAGGUUUGUCCUCUGCCACCUCUUCUCACACUGGAUGUCUUUAUGCAAAAUAAUCUCACUUUUUUUCUCUCUAACUUUCUUUAUUCGUACAUUCAGAAGAAUUUGAAUUUUCUAGACCUGUCAUGUAUUAAAGGAUUAGGACUAAACCCAGGUGGGAGAGGUGGCUUUAUAGGCUUAAUAAAAUCAGGAAGAUAGGUCCCUUGCUAUUUUGAGUAUCACUUUGAGUGUUCAAAGAAGGUAUGAAUGCAAAAGAAUUUUUAUUAGUCACUUGUGUCAUUUUGUCUUUAAAUUUUUAUUGUUUUACCUCUACAUAUAUUUACUAUACAUUUAUUAUCUUUAGUAGCUUCUCACUGAGAUUUAGGGUCUUUUUGUUACUUGGUUGAAAAUAAACGGCUUUGUCAGGUACAGUAAUGUAAAGUGAUAAAAAAUGCACAAACUGUAUUUUAAUAGCGUUAUUAAAAACCAUCUCAUUUAUGUGCCGUUAACACAUUAUGUGCAAUUUCUUAUGACAUCCAAACAUCCAUCACCAAAAAAAAAGUUUUAUAGCUUUAGAUUUCACUCUUAGAAUGCUUAUUUAAUGACUAUACAGUGUGUUUGAAGACUUUUUUCAGGUGAUUAGUUACCAGUGUAGAAAUACUCAUUAAAGUGUGCUAAAAUAGCCUUAUCUUAUCAGGAGGCAAUUGUGAUGAUUUACUUUGUUUGGAUCCCCUGGAAAAGUAAAUUACCAGGAAUCCAUUAUUCUGGGGUACUGACAUCUUGUGUGAUGCGUGUGUAUGAGCAUCAUUAGUGCAGUGACAAGCCUGUAAUGAAACCAGUGAGAUUAAGAGUCAAGUUUGUCCUACAGACGUAAUACCUAACUAUAGAUUUAUGUAUAAAGAAUUGCGCUCAUAAUGAAAACCCAUCAGGUUUAGUUAAACCUGGCAACUUCUCCAUGAUAUGUGAAAGGACUGCAAGGUGAACUCGAUUAUUUAUUUAUUUUUAAACAGGUUUUCCAUCAUGAUCAAAACAUGCUGCCAAAUCCAUUGUGUCUCUGCAUCCAAAACUCUUGACACAUGAGAGGCGGGCUAGAGGAGCAGUAAACCUUUGUGACAUGACUGUCAAUUAUUUACGAGUAAGCAUGCUUGCUAGUUCAGGUUUUCUUGCAGGUGUCACAUUGCAAACGUCUGUCCAUACAGAACAGCUUUUAGGAAGGUCUGGAGUUUAUAUGGUUAUUCGGUUCAUUUUCUGGCCAUAUGUUUAUGAAGCCAACCAUUACUGUUGUUGCAUUAUGGUAUUACAGGUUACUAGAACUUACAUAAUACAAACUGAGCUUUUUAAACAAUAUGCAAAUACUGCCUUUGGUGAAUGCAAAGCUACCUCAUAUCACCUCUGAAAUCCUUGCUUAUAAAUGACACAAUUUUCCUGUGUUCAUGGGAAAGAAUGUUGAACCACAGUAUUUACUGUGCAAACAGCAGCAUCCUGGUCAUGCAGCCUUAUGCCUGUAAUUUGUGUAUUAGCCAACUCCACCUUUUAAGUAAAUUAUGUUAUCCAUUCUCAUGAUUAUAUUUACAAUAGCCAGGGUAUGUUAUCCAUCUUUAUAGCCUUAUCGACAAAUCACCACUUACAUCAACAUAAACUCCAGUCAUCGCUCCUUCCACAAUGUCAUUUGCAUGUUUUGUUUUCUGUGGUUUUCCUUUCUCUGCUUUGGAACAGCGUUAUCUCAAUCCCUAACAAUGUUAACAAACCAAUUCAUUAAAAUAAAAGUUUUAUAUUGUACAUUGUCCUUUGCCAAUAAAUUGUUAUUGCGUACAUCUAAGAGCUUUAAAAAAAUCAAUCUCAAGUGUGAUGUGUUUUCACAGCAGUCACCUGCACCAGGUGGAAUGAUACUGGUCCCCACCCUCAGAGAACACAGGAUGCAAAUGAUCGCGUAUCAGGAUCUGAGUCACUCUGUCAGAGGAAAGACAGCUGAUAGUUUGCUGCUUCUCUCAGCUACUGACUACAAGCUACUGGCUGGAAACACGCUCCAAGUAAAAUCCAAUGUCCAGCGCAAAACAUCGGAUUCCAUGACAGAAAUGCCAAUAGCAGAUCUGCUCGGAGUGCACGUUGACAUGCAGCUCCUGGGCAAACUGACGCUGUCAGUUGCUACUAUGCUAUUUGUGACCUUGGUUUUCGGAUUCUACCACACCAGGGCACGAAACAGACGAAGAGGACAAAGGGACGCACGAGUAACCCAGGGAGGCUACAACGCACGCGAUAAUGAGCGAGAACCACAGAGUGAAGCUGCAAAGGAUGAGUCGAAGGAAAAACAGUCUUCAGAGAAGGAUUUACAAGAAAGCCCUAAAAAGGCAAACAGUACAUUUGAAAGAGUCCAACCUGAAACUACAGACUUGGGCAGUUGUGCAAAGGAGAAAAGGUCAUCAGAGGAGCCUUCACAAGACCGACUUACCAAUGGCAAAGUUAAAAAAGCCCAGACUGAAACUGUGGAUUUGGACAUUUGUGCCAAGGAAAAAAUGUCAUCAGAGUUGCCUCUACAGGAAAGCUUUAAAAAUGCCAAUGGUGAAGUUGAAAGGAGCCAGCCUGAAACUAUAAACUUGGAGAGUUUUCCAAAAGAGAAAGAUGCCGGAGGCAGCAACAAAACAGAGGAUGUGUGUACGAUAGUGGAUCAAACAAAUCUUAAGGUAAAUAAUGGCAAACUGAGGUUGACCAUACCAACUCCUGAUGGAAUUGAAAAAGGUCCAGAAAGUCCCAAUGGCCGGCGAUCCCCAUGCCUGUUAAAGAAGCUGGAUGGUGGUACUGGUGUUGGCAGGGAACUGAGGCAAGACCUUGGUCUUGAGGGCAUGUUCUCCAGUUUUCAAUCAAAGGCAGAAAUCAAAGUGGAGAAUGCUGAUCUUAUCUUGGAUGGGCCAGGUAACACAACAGGAGUCCAAGGAAAGAUCUACGAUUACUACAUAGAAUCCUCCUCUCAUUUUAUCUCAGAUGUAAGCCCUGUUCAGUCCAGGUCUGUCAGUCCGGUCUAUGGUCAAACUGAAAAGAGCAAUUUGUUUAAAUCCCAAUCACUGGAUUUACCUAAAUUCAAGGAACGUUCUCGGACUCCAAGUCCACAACCUUCACGUUUCAUUAUUAAAAAUCUUGAAAUUACUCCAAGAUUUACAAAUGAGCCUCCUCCUGUCUUCAAACCAGAAUGUGUCAGAUCCAGCAGGCAAGCAGUCAUCCGUCAAGACAGCUACCUUACCGCUGCUGACUCCGAGCUUCCAAUGCCCGUCCCCCCACACACACAUCGCAGCUAUUCUCCUGCACAAUUAAACAACAGUCAUUUAAGGUCACAAGAUUCUGCUAUUGCAAACACAGACGCACCUGCAGAACCUCAAGUAGAAACAGUUGCCGGGGCAAAAUUUCUACACCUUCCAGAAAACAUAGGGAAUGCAGAACUUGAGAGCUUAGCAGGGAAGCUGGAUUUAGGCAACUGUAUGGAGGCUUUAGCGCUUGCUAAAAAACACGGUCACGCCACCCUUCAGCAGGCUGCUCUCCGGGUAAUGUCUGAUAAUUACCUCCAGGUCCUCCGAGACCCAGCUCUCUUCGGCAGGCUGAAAGCAGGGGAGCGUGAUCAAAUCCAAACACAGCGCAUGACAGGAAGGAAGUGGUUGGUGGUUGCAGAUAUGGAUGCAGACUGGAGACGUCAAUCAACGGUUUCAGAGUCAGAAUCAGUUAAGACACCUUGUGGAAUGUAUUGCUAUGAUGAUUAUAAGGACACGUGGCACCUUCACUGCCACAUUCCCCAGGAAGUGCUAUCUAAAGGUUGUGCCAUGUGUACCAUGGAUAACUAUCUGUUCAUCACUGUGGGCUUCCAAGGCCUAAACCGUCCUUCAAAGAAAGUGUACUGUUACAAUCCAGUGACUUCAAUUUGGAGUGAAAUAAGCCCCAUGAACGAGGCGAGGCCUCACUGCAAACUUGUCGCACUGCAGGGCCAUCUUUACGCCAUUGGAGGAGAAUGCCUCUCAUCAGUUGAGCGCUACGACCCCAGGACUAACAGAUGGACCUUUGUUGCACCACUUCCUAAUGAGACUUUCGCUGUAGCUCACCGGGCCACGGCUUGCAACGGUGAACUGUUUGUGGCAGGAGGUACAUUGAGAUACACUCUCUUGAGAUACAAUCCUAAGACCAACACGUGGCGAGAGAGCAUGAUUGUGGGCAGUAAAGACCGGACUGCAGAAAUGGUGGCGGUUAGAAACUUUCUGUACCGCUUUGACGUCAGUGCUCUUGGAAUCAGUGUGUAUCGCUACCAUGCAAUGGCCCGGAUAUGGUAUGAAUGCUCUUCAAUACGUCUCCCCCACUGCACCGCCUUUCAGUGUGUGACCGUAGACAACAUUAUCUACUGCGUGAGCCGACAAUUCACCUUGAGGUUCCUUGCAGAUGAGGUAUCUCCAAGCUUUGUGGCAAAGGAUUUGAAAGUGCUCAACCCAGUAAGAGGCAUUUUGUUUCCUUUGGUCCUUGAGCUGACUGACAGUACCACGCCACAAACCCAGGUUUAAGCAAGGUCAAGUAAUAGGCAGCCUGAUAAGAGACAAACACUUAGUUUUGUUAUUGUCAGGAUCAAAUAAAGUGUAUGUUUGUGUGCUGCUUAAUUGGUGGCAAAUGAGAUGAAAUAUCAAGGCUAUUACAUCCAUUUGUUCUACAGCUAUAUCACAAUUACACAGCACUUACCAAUAAAUAAAUCUACAGUCUCAGUGGAAGCCAUUCCUUGUUUGGGCCCUCCAUCCAUUCUGAUGUCUAAAUCAACCUUUAAAUCUUGGAAAUGUUUUGUGCAAGUGCUUAAAAUGUUUUACUCAAUAUACUGCUUUGAAAUGCCGCAUGGAAAAUGUUAAACAAUCAAUACUGUAUGUGGAAUAAAGCGUGCCGCAAAUGCGGUGCAAGCAUCAUAAACAACAUGAAUGGUUGCCAUUCCAACAAUUUAUGUAAGCUAGCUAAUUAUAUUCAUAGCAUUUUCUUUGCAUAUUUGAAGUUAUAUUUCUUUGCAUUGUAUGUGAUUGAACUUGCGAGUUCAGAGAAUAUAAUCUAAAUCUUUUUAUUGUAUUUUCCUGCCAUUUUCACAAAUCAUGUUAUCUUGUCGUGAGAAUACGAUUUAUGUUUUCGAUCAGUGGUUUCACUCAUGAAUCAUCUCUGAUUUCUAAAAGCAUUUUUAAGUCAACACUGUCCUUACUAAUGGAUCUUUCCAUACUUUUUUACACAACAGAACCACUUUGGGGAACGCAGAGGAAGAGUUUAUUCUCUCUCUCUCUCUCUCUUUCUGUGUGUAUGACAUUAAACAUUAUAGCGCAAACUAAUGACUUAAUGGGUGAGAAAAGAAACAAAUGAUUUGCCUCUUCAUCUCUGUCUCAAUCUUCUGAAGAACUGGGAAUAAAAUUCUC